AUGAGGAGGCUAAGUGGACUCGCCGCCAUAUUCCAAGCCGCCAAGGGCCUUGGCGCCGUUCCGGCGAGAACCGCCGAAUACCGGAUGGUCCAGUCGGCUCUGUACACCGGCAACAAUUCCUCCGUCAUGUCACAUGUGUUAUCCCAUACUAAGCACGAGGAUCAGUCCUCUCGAGCCGCUGCUCGCGUCGUCUCCGGUACAAUGCUUUUCUCCGUUGCCGCUUCCACGUUGGCCGAAGAAGCUCACGCCAAAGAGCCGAUCCCACCCAAAUUCCGCCCCAACGAUGUUGUUCUUUAUCAGUAUGAAGCUUGUCCUUUCUGUAACAAGGUUAAAGCGUUCCUUGAUUAUUAUGACAUUCCAUACAAAAUUGUAGAGGUUAAUCCAAUUAGCAAAAACGAAAUCAAGUGGUCAGAUUAUAAGAAAGUGCCUAUCUUGAUGGUUGACGGUGAACAGAUGGUGGAUUCAUCAGAUAUAAUUGAUAAAUUGUUCCAAAAGGUUUGCCCACAGGUUGCUGCUAAAUCUACUUCAGACAAUGAUGAAGAGAAUAAGUGGCGCAAGUGGGUGGAUAAUCACUUGGUGCACAUCUUAUCUCCUAAUAUAUAUAGAAGUGCUUCUGAAGCUUUGGAAUCAUUUGACUACAUUACCACUCAAGGUAAUUUCAGCUUCUAUGAGAGAACAGUUGCAAAGUAUGCAGGAGCUACAGCCAUGUAUUUUGUAUCCAAGAAAUUGAAGAAAAAAUAUAACAUCACUGAUGAGCGUGCAGCAUUAUAUGAAGCGGCAGAAACAUGGGUUGAUGCUUUGAAUGGCCGAGACUUUCUAGGUGGAUCUAAACCAAAUUUAGCUGAUCUUGCUGUGUUUGGCGUCUUGAGACCUAUCCGCAACCUGAAAUCUGGUAAAGACAUGGUGGAGAACACCCGCAUUGGUGAUUGGUACUCUAGAAUGGAAGGUGCUGUUGGCCAACCUUCAAAAGUUCAGGCAUAACUGAACUUACCCCUACCCUUAUCUGAUGCACAAAAGAGGUGUAUUAGCAACAAUUUUUUUAAAAUGCCCAAAUUACACUUUGGGUGUCUCCCCUGCAUAUUGUUUUGUCCACCCUUUCCAGAAGAUGGUUUACUAAAGAUUCUUUCAUGCGAUACAUGGAAACUAUUGUAUGCUUAUUUUGCUAUUGCUGAAUUGGAAUUUGUACUCUUUUUAAGCACAGUCUUAAUAAGAUAUUUUACUAUGGUUGGUAUUGGUC